AUGUUGCACAUCCUCUUCCUCUUCGCUCUGGUCCUCGCCCCAGCUUCCCACGCAGCAGACUUCUGCGUGGCGAAGCUGAAAGGCGCGGGAGGCGUGGCAGGGUACGCCUGCAGGGACCCUGCCAAGGUCACCGCCGCGGACUUCGUGUUCAAGGGCAUCGUGACCAGCGGCAACACCACGAACAUCAUCAACGCGGCGGUGACCCCUGUCUUCGUGCAGCAGUUCCCAGCCCUGAACGGGCUGGGCCUGUCCACGGCCAGGCUCGACCUGGCCCCCGGAGGGGUCAUCCCGUUGCACACCCACCCCGCGGCCAACGAGAUCCUCGUCGUGACCUCCGGGGUCAUCAAGGCCGGGUUCAUCACCUCGUCGUCGAACAAGGUGUACAUCGCGACCGUGACCAAGGGACAGGUGAUGGUUUUCCCACAAGGGUUGUUGCACUUCCAGCUCAACGCUGGCAAGACGGCUGCUAGUGCUGUGGUGACGUUCAACAGCCCUGAACCUGGACUGCAGAUUCUUGACUUUGCGUUGUUUGCCAAUGACUUUCCUACUGAGUUGGUUUCCGGGACUACUUUCCUUGAUUCUGCGAUAGUGAAGAAGCUUAAGGGUGUCCUUGGUGGUACUAAUUGA